AUGGAUAAAGAUUAUAAAAACGCUUGUUGGCGACAUCAUGGCGAGCAAAACAUUGGAGAGAAAAAUGUGGCAAUUGGAGAAGAAGAAACAGAAGAUGAGGUGAUUGGCAUGCAUGAUUUUCUUAAUGAUGUAUUUGUCCAACCACUAACAGAAGAAAAUGUUGGGCCAUCUACUGAACCCCCUAUUGGGGAAGGGCGUCCAGAAGAGGUGCAGACUUUUUGUAAGUUGCUUGAAGAGGCAGAUCAAGAUUUGUGGCCAGGUUGUAAGGAAUUUAAGAAAUUGGAAGCAGUUGUAAGACUGUAUCAGAUCAAGUGUUUAUCGGGAAUGUCUGACGAGAUCUUCACCACUUUACUGGAGUUAAUUAAAAGAAUGUUGUCUGAAGGGGAUUGUUUGCCUGAAUCCUGUUAUAAGGCAAAAAAACUUAUAAAUGACUUGGGUUUGUCUUAUGUGAAAAUUGAUGCAUGUCCCAAUGAUUGCAUGAUCUAUUGGAAAGAUACUUCAGAUUUGACCGUGUGCUCGGUUUGUGGUAAAUCAAGAUAUAAAAUUACCAAUGCAGAGGAUAGCUCGAGGAAAAAGGUCGCAUAUAAGGUUAUGUGGUAUUUUCCUUUAAAACCACGAUUGCAACGAUUUUUUAUGUCGAAGCAUAUGGUUGAACAUAUGAGGUGGCAUGCAACUGAAUGUCCUAAGGAUGAGUUUAUGAGACAUCCUUUAGAUUCUCCAGCAUGGAAGCAUUUGGAUAAUUUAUAUCCGGAUUUUGCGUCAGAAAUUCGAAAUGUUCGAUUAGGGUUGGCCAGUGAUGGAUUUAAUCCUUCUGGGAAAAUGAGGAAUGAUCAUAGCACAUGGCCUGUGGUGCUUUCUGUUUAUAAUUUUCCACCUUGGAUGUGUAUGAAGCAACCAAAUUUGUUGUUGUCUCUGUUAAUACCAGGACCGCACAGUCUUGGUAAAGAGAUUGAUGUAUACAUGCGUCCAUUGAUUGACGAGCUGAAUGAGUUGUGGGAGGUGGGCAUUCCCACUUAUAAUGCGUAUUCCAACCAAAGUUUUACGAUGAAGGCUGCCGUGUUAUGGACUAUAAGUGAUUUUCCGGCUUAUGGAAUGUUGUCAGGAUGGAGUACACAUGGCUAUAAAGCUUGUCCACAUUGCAUGCAUGAUAAAGAAUCUAUUUACUUGCCAGUGAGUCGUAAGAUUUGUUAUAUGGGGCAUCGACAUUUUCUUGAAGAUAAUCAUAGGUUUCGAAGGCAAACCAUCACUUUUAAUGGUCAUCGAGAGCAUCGUAGUGCACCAAGGCAGUGGACUGGUUUACAAUGUCUCGAAGAACUUUCUACAUUGAGAUUUACUUUUGGAAAACCAAACAAAGAUGCUUCAGUUGGGCAACGCAGAAGAAGAACUUCGAGCAGUACAAGUAGUAACAGUCAGUGGAAGAAGAAAUCUAUUUUUUAUGAACUACCUUAUUGGAGGCAUUUGUUGAUUAGACACAAUCUUGAUGUUAUGCAUAUCGAGAAGAAUAUAUGUGACAGUGUGGUGGGAACAUUACUAGAUAUAGAAAAGUCUAAAGAUGGAUUGGCUGCACGUGCAGAUCUUGAAUUCUUGAACAUAAGACAUAGUCAACAACCACGUAGAGAAGGAAAUAGAACAUUUCGACCUCCAGCAUUGUUCACAUUGAAAAGAGAAGAAAAAACUACGUUUUGUAAAGUGUUGUCUACUAUUCGGGUCCCCGAUGGAUAUUCAUCAAAUCUGUCGCGAUGUGUGCACGUGAAUGAACGAAAAAUACAUGGGUUGAAAAGUCAUGAUUGCCAUGUUUUAAUGCAGCAGUUACUCCCGCUUGCAAUACGCCCGGUUUUGCCUAAAGCUGUUACUAUGGUUUUAUUAGAGUUGAGUGCAAUUUUCAGACAGUUAUGUACUCACUUGGCAGAUGAAGCAGCUCUUGCAGGGCCUGUUCAAUAUAGAUGGAUGUAUCCAAUUGAACCGUAUUUGCAAACACUGAAGCGCUAUGUUCGUAAUAAGGGUCGUCCUGAAGGUUCUAUUGCUGAAGCAUAUUUGGUGGAUGAGUGCUUGUCCUUUUGUUCCAUGUAUCUUAAAGACGUUGAGUCUCGUCGUACCCGUAGAGGCCGAAAUGAAGAUGGUAUUGGACGUGGAGUAUCUGGAGAAAAUGUGGAGCUCGAUCUAAAUGUUCUUGAUCAGUGCCAUAAAUACAUUCUAAAUAAUUGUGAUGAAGUUAGCCCAUUUAGAAGGCAACAUGAAGAAUUCUUGAAAACUAAACAUCAUCGAGAAAGGUUAACUAUGCGACAAAUUAAGGAGCUAAGCAAGAAAGAAUUUCCAGAAUGGUUCAAGCAACAUAUGAAUUCAAGAUAUGAUGCUAAUGACACAUUGAUAUCUCAAGACUUGCAUUGGCUAGCUAAUUAUCCUAGUAGGGUUGUGAGUAGAUACAAAAGUCACAUUGUUCAUGGAUUUAGAUUUCGUAUAAAAUCUGUGAAUGAUAAGCAUAAGAAUCAAAAUUGUGGUGUCUUUGUACCUGCAAAUGUUCCUGGAGCAAUUGGGCAAGUGAAUUGUUAUGGCAGAGUUGUAGAUAUGUUCGAGGUCAAAUAUUGUGGUCCUACUGAAGCAGGAGAUAGGGGUCGAGCUGUGAUGUUAUUUAAGUGCGAAUGGCCAAGAGAUUUAUUUGACGUAUUAGAGGAUAGUGAUGCUAUUGAUGAUUAUGCCAUGUCGAACUUGGAUGAUCGAAUUCUUGAUAAUGAAAAUUUCCAUACAAGGGUUGGCGUGGAAAAGACUCCCUUUCUUGAAUCAUUAGCGUUGCCUACCGGGUUCGUUAAUCAUGCCAAUGCCGACGAUGAGCUAACAGAUGAUGACAGGGAAUAA